ACAGCGGCGGGACAGCGGCGGGGACACAGCGGCGGGGACACGGCGGGGACACAGCGCUCGGCAUGGAGUUCACGGCCAUCGACUACAGCAUCUUCGCGCUGCUCCUCGUGCUCUCCUCCGCCAUCGGGCUCUUCUACGCGCUGAGCGGCGACCGGCAGCGCACGGUGCAGGAGUUCCUGCUGGCCAACCGUGACAUGGGCUGCCUGCCCGUGGCCCUGUCCCUGCUCGCCUCCUUCCAGUCGGCCGUGGCCAUCCUGGGCGUGCCCGCCGAGAUCUUUCGCUUCGGCACCGAGUACUGGUUCCUGGGCUGCUCCUACCUGCUGGGGCUGCUCAUCCCCGCGCACAUCUUCAUCCCCGUCUUCUACCGCCUGCGCAUCACCAGCACCUACGAGUACCUGGAGCUGCGCUUCAACAAGACCGUGCGGAUGUUGGGCACCAUCACCUUCAUCUUCCAGAUGGUCAUCUACAUGGGGGUGGUGCUCUACGCUCCUGCCCUGGCCCUCAACGCAGUGACGGGCUUUGACCUCUGGAGCGCCGUGCUCACCAUGGGGCUGGUCUGCACGCUCUACACCACACUGGGUGGCCUCAAGGCUGUCAUCUGGACAGACGUGUUCCAGACGCUGGUGAUGCUGGCGGGGCAGGUGGCCGUCAUCGUGGUGGGCGCCUGGCGGGUGGGGGGCAUGGCCCGAGUGUGGCGCGUGGCCGAGCAGCACGGCAAGAUCGCCGGCAUCGACCUGGACCCCAACCCCCUGGAGCGGCACACCUUCUGGUCGCUGUCCGUGGGCGGGAUCUUCAUGAUGCUGUCACUGUAUGGGGUGAACCAGGCGCAGGUGCAGCGCUACCUGUGCGCCCGCAGCGAGCGCGAGGCCAAGCUCUCCUGCUACGCCGUGUUCCCCUGCCAGCAGAUCGUGCUGUGCCUCAGCUGCCUCACGGGGCUCGUCAUGUUCGUGUACGACCUGGAGCACCCGCUGGCGCCCGGCCAUCGCCCUGCCUCCCCUGACCAGCUGGUGCUGUUCUUCGUCAUGGACGUGCUGCGGGACCUGCCGGGGCUGCCCGGGCUCUUUGUGGCCUGCCUGUUCAGCGGCGCCCUCAGCACCAUCUCCUCCGCCUUCAACUCGCUGGCCACGGUGACCAUGGAGGACCUGGUGCGGCCGCACCUCCCCGGGCUCUCGGAGUCGCGGGCCACGCUGCUCUCCAAGCUGCUGGCUCUCGGCUAUGGGCUGCUCUGCCUGGGCAUGGCCUACGUGUCCUCCAUGCUGGGACCCGUGCUGCAGGCAGCCAUCAGCAUCUUCGGCAUGGUGGGGGGCCCGCUCCUGGGGCUCUUCUGCCUGGGCAUGUUCUUCCCCUGCGCCAACCCCACCGGAGCCGUGGUGGGGCUGCUGGCCGGGCUGGCCAUGGCCUUCUGGGUGGGCAUUGGCAGCUUCCUGCAGAGCGCAGCGCGGGCCGGCGGGGUGCCCCCGGCCAACAGCACGGCGCUCCCCGCCGUGGGCAACCUCAGCACUGUGCUGGGCACCACGCUGCUGCCCCCGACCUCAGCACCGCCCCCGAGCCCCACGGGGCUGCAGCGUUUCUACAGCCUGUCCUACAUGUGGUACAGUGCCCACAACUCCACCACCGUCAUCGUGGUGGGGGUGCUGGUCAGCCUGCUCACCGGCCCCACGCCGGCCGCGGCCCUGGACCCCCGCACCAUCUCCCCCGUGCUGCCCUGGCUGCUCUGCUGCCUGCCCCCCAAACUCCGCCACUGGCUCUGCUGCGGGGCAGCCGACCCUGCCCAGGCCCCUGGCCAUGGGGACAGCUCGGAGAAGAGCCACGGGGUGCCCAACGGGCUGUCCGCCCCCGGCCCCGAGCUGCGAGGGGACGAGGGACAGGGCUUCGUGCGCAGCGCCGGCGCCCCGCUCUACGCCGUGCAGGAAACCUCCUUCUGACAGCCCGGCACGGGGGUCCUGGGCACCCCCUGCCCUCCGGGGCAUCCUCACACGGCCGGGGGUCCUGGCACCCCCUUGGAGCACCGCCUCGGGACGUGCCCGCGGUGCCGAGGAGCGGCGGGACGCUGCUGGGCUGCCCCGCCCGGGGCUCUGGGACCACGGCCGGGGGGUCGGAGCGGUGCCCCCCGCCCUGUGCAGGCCGGGACGUUGUGUGGUGCCCCCGGGCCAGCCACGUGCCUUACACACCGCUCCGGGGCCGGGGCUGUGUGCCCUCGAGCCCUGGCGCCUGUCUUUGUGUUCGGUGUUCCCCAAUAAAUGGUUCUGGGGCUCA